CCCUCCCUCUCCAGCCUCCCUGCCUCCUCCUGGCCUCUGCUUCUCCCCUCUCUACUGUUAGAACCCAAAGCUCAGGCAGUCCUGGGGUCAUAACCCCCAAGCCCCAACCCCAUCCCCACCUUGAAGCUCUGGAGUGAGGAAGGAUGUGAUGUGGGAGUGGGGAGGGGAAGGACUCCUAGAUGAUGAGAGGCCUGAAGGGCCCACCCUGGCCUGUGUCUUCAGGGGCACCUAGUUGAGAGCAUUUGGUGGGGGAGGGUCUCUGGACUCUGAGCACCUUGGGUGACUGUGUGGAGACUCCCAGAGCUCACUUUCCUCCUCUUCCCAGGGCCACCCCCAAAGACUCUUACCCGGACAUGGACAUGGGCAUGGACAUGGGCAUGGACAUGGGCAUGGGUCCCGCCGUAGCUGGACAACAGUAACAUUGAUGCUGUCUAUAACUGAGGUAGUCCUCAUCAUGACGGAAAGGAAGGCAGAAAUACAGUCUAGAAGAUGGGGAAUAUGGGGAAGGAAACUCAGAGCUGCUGCAGCUGCCUCCGUCAGACCUGCUGCAGCUGCCUCCGUCAGACCUGCACAAGACCGUGCCAGUCAGCCUUCCAGCAUGGAGGGGAGAGACUCACAAGCACCCAUCUCUGCCUGGGGAGCCCUCAAUAGCUGGUAACUUGUGGGGGAGGAGAAUCCCUUGUCUUUAAGGGGGUUAAGUAUGCUGCAGUUGAUGCUCCCAGACUUCUUAUGCACAGCCCAGAUUGAGUCAGUGAAGCACCAAAAGGAAACAAGACAACACCCCAGGAAGUUGGCAGGGAGACGAUCAAGUAUGGAGUCUCUCACGUUUUCAGUAAACAUAGGAUAUAUUAAAAAGCCAGAUGUGGUAGCCUGCAUGUGUAAGGCCAGACCUUUGAGGGUCAGCUAGGCUGGAGUACACAAUGCUGCAGGAACAAGGGACCUACCUCUUGGUAGAAGAGGGGACAGGAUGACUCAGGAGUGGCCUCUCACCCCCACACUGCCAUUACUGGAGUGUUUGAGCGCGAGCACACACACACACACACACACAUACACACACACACACACACAGAGAGAGAGAGAGAGAGAGAGAGAGAGAGAGAGAGAAUAUCUCCUGUAGCACACCUGUCUAAAUGACCUAGGUCGCAUGUGUGGUGUCAACACCUGCCCCCUGGCCCUACAAACACAGAAAUGAUAUUUACAUUAUACUAUAGUCUAUUAAAUAUGAAAAUGUUUAUGACUAGAAAUCCCAAGUACAUGGAUUUUUAUUUUCUUGGCAGUGGCAUGCAUUGGAGACUGAAUCUAUGCAAUGACCUUGUGUUCUGCCAAUCAGCCACACCCCGGCCUAUACACACAUACCUUAAAAACCUGCAUGAUAUGCCAGGCACAUGCCUUUGGUGCCUGCACCCAGGGGCAGGGCUCUGACACUGAGGCCAUCCCAGUUGAGACAAUGAGGUCAAGGCCAGCCAGGGUUAUAUAAUCAGAUCCUGUCCAAAACCAAACCAAACCAAAAACCCAGAAACAAACUGGUGAUGUGGCACAGGCCUAGAAUUUCAGCUCCAGUAGGGCUGGAAGCAGGAGUGUGGUUGUGAGGGUUAGGUCAUGUGGACUGCAGGAUGAGGUUCUAAGAACAACUGAGCAACCUGCCCACACACACAGUAUCUGGAGCCCAGGGAAGAGACCACCAUGAAUGGCCUCCUCUCUGCUUCACCUUUUCUUAAAAUCCUGGAGUUUGAACCCAAGACCUUAAGGCAUGUGAAACACGUUUUCUACAAUUGAGCCACAUCCCCAGGCCCUAAGGAUUUUGAAAUAUUAUUGGUUGAUUUAUGGAUUGAUUUGUAUAUGUGUGGGUGUGAAUGUAAGCAAGUAUAUGUUAUGUGUGUGUAUGUGUGUAUAUAUAUGUGUGUGUGUGGAUAGAUUGUGUGUGUAUAGAUAGAUAGAUAGAUAGAUUGUGUGUGUGUGUGUGUGUGUGUGCGUGUGUGUGUGUGUGUGUGUGCGCGCGUGUGCGCACGCGCGCGCAGGUCAGAGGACACGUUGCAGGAGUCUGCUCUCCUUCCACCAUGGGUCUCAGGGGCAAAGUACAAACCCUCAAACUAGAUGUCAGGUGCUCUGUCAACUGAGCCAUGAUUAGUGCUGGAGCAAAACCCAGGGCCUCUCUCAUGUGAGACUAUUGCUCUCCCAUUACACUGCAGCCCACUCUUACAUGUCCAAGGUCACUUCUGAGCCCUGUCUAAUACUGGAUCCAGUUCCCUGAGUCCCACUCUCUUAUGUCAGGAAUCACCCAAGGAAUACCUGUUCUAGGAAAUUCUAACACAGCCUGGGAAUAGUGAUACUGAGACCCAGGAGUUUUAUUUCUGCCUCCGUCUGUGUGUCUCUCUCAUUAGAGGUCAGGCUGUCCUCAAACUCAGUGUUCCCUUUACCCUUUGUGCUGGCAUGACAGCACCACACCUGGUAGGAAUCUGUCCAUAGGAGCACUAAAGUGACAGCAGCGUGAGUGACGUUUAGGAGCCUGGCACUGGCCUAGGUGGAGACUCUUGGCUCCUUGCUCAUGCACCUUAAGUGAGUUACCACAAGUGUGCUUCUGUCUGAACUGUAACGCUUGAGGGUCCGAGAAGAGGGGAGGGAGAAAUGGAGGCAUUAUUUAGAGGACCUGUCUCAGCCUUCUGGGCACAGCCCUGGCUUAGCCACCUGUGCUGUGUGAUCUUGGAGAAGUUAAUGGACCUCUCUAGCCUGGUUCCUGGAUGUUGCAUCGUACCUUCCAUCCAGAGGCUUCAAGGGACCUAAAGACCCACAAGUAGAAGGUGAUUUUAGUGGAACAUGGCAGGAAGUCCAACAUCCAGAACAUUGAGAAGGAAAGACCUAGGGGAAGACUGGAGGCUGCAGAUGGGAGUUGCCACAGGCAAGAGGACAAGGCACCAGGAGAACUUGGGGCUCCAAGCCAGUGGCUAGCUGGUCUGUCUCCCAGGUCAGGACCUCUCUCUCUGCUCCUCAGUCUUGAAGCCUGGGAAUGGACCCUGGGUGUUUUCAACUGAACUGAGAAUCUCUAAAGGUGUGAGUGUUGAUGGCUGCUAGCGACCUUGUGCUCACUGGUGACCUUGAGGAUAUCUGCCUUCCGGGAGGUUCCAUCUGUGUGGUCACAAGAGGGGGAGAGGUUUGGGCCAGUGAGCGGACUCACUGGGAAUAGGGGCCUGCUGCAAAUGCUGGCCACCUGUUCUGAUCAUGGAACCCAUGUGGAAGAGAGAGAAACCACUCUCCUAAAUUGUCCUCUUCCUCUACCCUUGUAGCCUGACACACUAACAGCCAAAUAAACGUCCAUAAACUUUUGGAAACGAAGGAGGUUAGAGUUCCAAGUGGGGGUCUGCUGUCACUCAGGAGCCAUGCAGACGAAAGCACGGCCUCUCCCCUGCACCACUCACACACAGCCACCUUACAGAAGGCAGUGAAGCUGGUGGGCACAGGGCAAGGCCCUGCUGUUAACCCUUCUGAUGCUGUGUCUUAAAGGGAGGGUCCUUGCAGGCCCAGCCACUUGUAGGAAGUGAGAACACCAGAGUCAGUUGGGGGUUGGCCUCCCAGAAGCUCUGGCUUCCUCUGGCUUCAGCACCUGAAACAGCCUCCGGCUGGGUUUGCCCAGCAGCUGGCAGCAGGUUCUACAGAGACCGAGGCCCUGGGAGAAUCCCAGAUCCACCACGUCUUCCGUGGUUGGGAGUCUGAGAAGUGGCUUGACCUCUGCUGGCCUCCAUAGAAUGGGGACAGUGAACGCCCAGGCCUCACCUGGUGGCUGUGAGGCUCAGUGAACUCAGGCCUGCCUCCCUUGCCUGUAAAGGGAGCAACUGCACCCUGACUCCCUGCAGCCCAGGGAGGACCAAGCCUAGCAGCCCAUUUGUCCCUGGCCACCAGGGACAUCAAGGAAAUGUGGGGAGCACACCCUCCCUGACGUGUCACAAAUGCUCCUGGCUAUCCCUCCCUCUCCAGCCUCCCUGCCUCCUCCUGGCCUCUGCUUCUCCCCUCUCUACUGUUAGAACCCAAAGCUCAGGCAGUCCUGGGGUCAUAACCCCCAAGCCCCAACCCCAUCCCCACCAUGAAGCUCUGGAGGCCACCCCCAAAGACUCCUUACCGGGACAUGGACAUGGACAUGGACAUGGGCAUGGACAUGGGCAUGGGUCCCGCCGUAGCUGGACGACAGUAACAUUGUUAAGGAGAAAGGCGAGAAGUCAUGAGUCCAUUGGCAGAUGGUGACAGAAAGCUGAGAAGAAGGGCCUGUGGAGGGAGAGAAGGACGGAGAAGAAAAUACAGAGUGAUGGUGCAUGCCUGCUGUAGUCCCAGAGGAUCAAGAGUUUAAGGCCAGCCUCAGGUACAUAAGGAGUUCCAGGCCAGUGUGGGCUACCUGAGACCCCAUCACAACAAAACAUAGAAAAGAUAGGAUACCUUUUCAAAAGGGUAAGCCAAACCUAUCUAUCUUGGGAUGGACCAGGGUUCUGACACCCCACCUCCAUGCCCCUGGCUCCCUUCUCUGCCUGGCCUCUGACUCUCCAUCAUUAAUUAAGGGAGGCUCCUGGCUGCAGUGCCACACCCAAGAUCUGCCUUUGUCACUGGAGUGUGAACCUGGGAAACAGAUUCUCUCUGCAGAGUGGUCCAAUAAGCCACCUCUCCUGUGAUGCUGAGAAAGCUGGGAAGGCAGAGGCUCCCGGGCCCCUGGUCCUGGAAUGUUUGGUUCUGGGUGUGGCUAUGCAUCGUUGACGGGACCACCUCAUGCUCUGGUUUGAAGCUGACAACACGGGCUAAUUCUCAGCCACACCUGGGCACCCACACAGAUAACUACCUCCUCCGCUUGUGCACACCUGCAUUCCUCCAUGCCUGAACAUCCCACUGCACUGCUCCCUCCUCUCUCAGCCUCACUGUUGACAUUAAAACCUAAACACACACACACCCAUUCCCCACCCACUGGUUCUUGCUUGCCCCCCUCUAAACUACCCCGUAGGUAUAGAUAUCGGGGAAGAUCCAUUACCCACCCUUCCUUCUAAUGCCAGACUUCAGCCCAGGCCAGGUCUCAGCUGCUUCCCUGCACUCUGAGCCAACAGUACUAGGCUCGGGGCUUCGGGUCAGGGCACUGGAGGCCUAAGGGGAAGAAGAAGGAAGGAAAAGGUCCUGGCCCCUAGCCCACAUGUUUAAGGCAACUUCUGCUCCACCGGGUCUCCAAGCCUCUCCCUAGGGCUGCCUCAACCUGCUUUUCAGGUACAACUGCGUCCUGUCCCAGCUCAUGGCAAUCAGCCUCCAGCCCCUGCUCAGGGACUGGGAGGGGAGAGGACUGGAUUCUGUCAUGAACAUGUGAUCCUGGUUCCAAAAUUCGAGGCCCUCCCCAGGAAACCCCCGUAGCUUUGGGGACCCAGGUAUCCCUUCUCUCCAGCAUCCUGUGCGAUGGGUUCAGGCUUGAACCUCUAACCCAUCCGUGAGCUCCAUCUGUGAAUAUACUUACUGGGCCUCAGUUAAUGUCCCGUAAACUGGAGCCAUAGCAGUACCCAGCACAAAGGGCCUGAUUGCUAGAAGUGAACAAUCUAGAAGGUGAGACACACUGUUAAAAAUUAAAAACAAUUUCAGAUUGCGAUAAGUUCUAUGGAAACAGAAGGACAACAUCACAGAACAUAAUUGUCAUACUUGCAGUACCACACUGUGCCUGGGGGAUGGUGGGGAAGGACGUUCUGACGUGCUGGCCCUUUGAGCCAGGUGUGGAAUGUGGAGGCAGCUGGGUCACACUUUGGCCUCCAGGCACGUGCAAAGCUGCCAGACAGCCGUGGGGGGGGGGGGGGGACUGGAGCGCUUGGACAAAAGCCUUAUAACUGGAGCGGAGAGAAGCGGGGAGAGGGGACUCCUAACAACAAAACCAGGCAACUCCCUCAGCUUCUGGGGGGUUCUCUUCUCCCUGUUUCUUUCCACUCUUGCGGAGUUUUCCUAAGAGGGCUGACAGGGUGGUUAGGGAUGGGGAGUGCCUGAAGGUGGGUUCAAAAGCAAGAAGGAUGGCUAGUGGGGGAGAGAAAAACUGGAGGGGGCUGGGCAGGGCAGAACCCUAUUCAGGGUGGAGGGCCUGAGAGGGUUAAAGAGCAAAGAUGCAAGGAUCACGUCCAUGACUCAUCCUGUCUUCCUCCUCCUCCUCUUCUUCAUUGCUCAAUCCCAAAAGUCUCUGGGAAACACCCCCUGACAGGAACGGAGUCAGAGCCUCACAGGGGCAAUUGAGUCACGAGGGGUGGGGCAGAGGGAGGGAGGUGAAGGAUAAAUAGUGACCUCGCUCCCUCGCUCCUCUCUGCAUCCUCCCUGCCUUCCCAACAACAUGCAUCUUGUCAAUCUGCUCAGCUCCUGCUGCCUCUUAGCACUCCUGGGGGCUCUGCCUGCACGGGCAGCCCAUGAGGAUCCCAUUGAGAAGGCCAUAGAAGGGUUCAGCCGUGGGCUGAGCAACGCAGAGAAAGAGGUGGGCAAGGCCCUUGAAGGCAUCAAUAAUGGAAUCACUCAAGCCGGAAGGGAAGUGGAAAGAAUUUUUGAUGGACUUAGCAACAUGGGCAGCCAGGCCGGCAAGACCGUGGAGCAUGGCUUGGAUAAGGUAGCCCACGGCAUCAACAGUGGCGUCGAACACGCAGGAAAGGAAGCAGACAGGUUGGCCCAUGGGGUCAACCACGCCGCUGGACAGGUCGGAAAGGAGACAAACAAAAUCAUCCAUCAUGGGGUCAACCAGGGGGGCAGUGAAGCAGGGAGGCUCGGUCAGGGGGCCCACCAUGCUUUUGGUCAGGGUGGGAGUGAGGCAGAGAAGUUUGGUCAGGGGGUCCACCAUGCUUUUGGUCAGGGAGGGAGAGAGGCAGAGAAGUUUGGACAGGGGGUCCACCAUGCUUUGGGUCAGGGAGGGAGAGAGGCAGAGAAGGUUGGCCAGGGAAUCCACCAUGCUUUUGGUCAGGGAGGGAGAGAGGCAGAGAAGUUUGGACAGGGGGCCCACCAUGCUUUUGGUCAGGGAGGGAGUGAGACAGAGAAGUUUGGCCAGGGGGUCCACCAUGCUUUUGGUCAGGGAGGGAGAGAGGCAGAGAAGUUUGGACAGGGGGCCCACCAUGCUUUUGGUCAGGGAGGGAGUGAGGCAGAGAAGUUUGGCCAGGGGGUCCACCACGCUUUUGGUCAGGGAGGGAGAGAGGCAGAGAAGUUUGGUCAGGGGGUCCACCAUGCUUUUGGUCAGGGUGGGAGUGAGGCAGAGAAGUUUGGUCAGGGGGUCCACCAUGCUUUUGGUCAGGGUGGGAGUGAGGCAGAGAAGUUUGGCCAGGGGGUCCACCAUGCUUUUGGUCAGGGUGGGAGUGAGGCAGAGAAGUUUGGCCAGGGGGUCCACCAUGCUUUUGGUCAGGGUGGGAGUGAGGCAGAGAAGUUUGGCCAGGGGGUCCACCAUGCUUUUGGUCAGGGAGGGAGAGAGGCAGAGAAGUUUGGACAGGGAAUCCACCAUGCUUUUGGUCAGGGUGGGAGAGAAGGAGGCAAACUGGUACAAGGGGCCAACCAGGGUCUUAGCCAUGCUGCAAAGGAAGCACAGCAGUUUGGUCAUGGUCAUGGCCAUGGUUAUUAUGCUGCCGGGCAGACUUGGCAAGAAGGGGACAAAGUAAUGUAUCCUGGGGUCAACCAGGCUGGGGAAGAGAUGGAGCGCUUUGGCCAGGGUAUCCACCAUACCAUUGAACAGGCUGGGAAGGAGGCAGAGAAAGUGGCCCAUGGUGUCCAAACUGGGGUCAACCAGGCCGGGAAGGAGGCAGAGAAAGUGGCCCAUGGUGUCCAAACUGGGGUCAACCAGGCUGGGAAGGAGGCAGAGAAAGUGGCCCAUGGUGUCCAAACUGGAGUCAACCAGGCUGGGAAGGAGGCAGAGAAAGUGGCCCAUGGUGUCCAAACUGGGGUCAACCAGGCUGGGAAGGAGGCAGAGAAAGUGGCCCAUGGUGUCCAAACUGGGGUCAACCAGGCUGGGAAGGAGGCAGAGAAAGUGGCCCAUGGGGUCCAAACUGGGGUCAACCAGGCCGGGAAGGAGGCACAGAGAGUUGGCCAAGGGGUCAACCAUGCUGCUGGCCAGGCCGGAAAGGAAGCGGAGAAGCUUGGCCAAGGUGUCCACCAUGCUGCUGGCCAGGCCGGGAAGGAAAUGAACAGGUUGCAGCAAGAUGUUCAUAAUGGGGUCAACCAAGCCAGCAAGGAGGCCAACCAGCUGCUGAAUGGGCCUCAUCAAGGUCAAAGCGGUUACGGAGGCCAGCACGGAGGGGCCGCAAUCACUACAGCAGUAUCUGGGGCCUCGGUCAACAAGCCAUUUAUCAACUUCCCAGCUCUGUGGAGGGUGAGUGCUGCAUGCUUCUCAGUCCCCUUGAAUUCCCUUCCCAUAGCCCUUCUUGCAGUCAGCAUCCUUUUGGACAGACUCAGCCUCUGUAGAGACCAUGUAACCUGUUCUCCCAGCUCUGCUCUGGCCUUUCGUCACCCACUGGCAGCUUUUGGGCACUUUCCAGUCCCAACUAACAAACAUCAGCUGACAGAAAUCAUCUCCAGGGCACUGGAGCAUCCUGGAGCCAGGGAGGGUGGGGAUGCUGAAACCAUCCCUCAUGUCUCUCCUCCCAUUCCCAGUGGCUAGCUGCCUCCCCUUCUUACCGACCUUCCCGCAAUGCCUCUGCUCCCCCACCCUGCUGUUUUGCAUGGGUGAGCUGAGUAGUGGUAAUUUGGUUUGGGAGGUAGCUCCCUGCUGGGCUGAGAGUGUAAAUCCCCGUAGAAGUCUGGUCCUGACUUCAGCUUUGUCUUUUUCCUUUUUUAAACAUUUAAAAUCAUGUGUGUGUGUGUACACACUGUGUUUUGGAUCCCUUGCAGCUAGAGUUACAGGUGUUUGUGAGCUGCAUGAUGUGGGUGCUGGGAUCCAAAUUUGGGUCUUCAUGAUUGAACAGCAACUGCUGUUAACUGCUUAAGGCCCAGAAUCCAGGGUUCCUCACAGCUCCAACUCAGAGUAGCAGAAGGUGCUCAGAGGUGAAACACACAGGGCUUCUUCUGUGGAAUAUGGAAUACCCCCCCAAAAGCUGGUCUCCCUGAGGGAGCUGGUUCCCCAUUGUUCCAAGGUAAACAGGUGGUGUCUCUAUUGUUUCUCAGGGCUGAAAUAAGAGCCCAGACCUCAGCCCCCUGUGGCCAUGUUCCUGUACUUAAUGCCCUUCCUCUCUCUUUCAGAGUAUCGCCGCCAUCAUGCCCUAAACUGAUGCCCAGGCAACAGAACGCCCCUGUUGUCACACCAGCUGAAGCGACCCAGCAGAGCUGGGGCUUGGGGAGAGCUGCCUGGGUGCCCUAAGGGGGCUGCUUUGAGCUUUGUGAAUAAAAUUGACACACGAUCCCUUUUCA